CAGGCCCAGCCCAGCGUCCACAGCAGCCAGAGGCAGCGCCUGCCGCCGCCCGGCAACUUUGGCUUUUUGCCUUCUCGCCCGGGCGCCGCCGCACUACCCUGCCUUCCCUCUGCUCUCGCUUGCGCAGCCACGCCGCCCACAGAACCGUCGAGCCAUGGAUUACAACCCCUACGGCGGCGCCUCUCCCGACCCCUACGGCGGCGGCGGCACCAUCCGCCUGGUAUGCGAUAACUGCAGCAUCGCCGACGACUAUAGCGCCGACGACGCUGAAGACGGCCAGUACACGUGCCGCACGUGCUCUGCCGUGCACGCCACGCAGGCAACUGCCGCCGACCCCCACGACUUCCCCGUCACCGGUAGCAUCUCCGUCCGCCGCGUCGCCACCCAGCCCACCAUUCCCAAUCUCGCCACCCGCACACCCGCGCCCUACCCGAGGACCCCUCACGCCAAGCCCGCCCCCGCCGCGUUCGACGACUUCGUGGAGCCGAGCGAGCCGCGGGACUUCGCGCCCGGCGCCGGGGCGUGGGGCCAGCCCGAGGAUUUGGCGGCGCGGGUGCGCUUGCGCUACGUGAGGGGGCUCCAGGUCAUCCUACAGCGGCAGCUGCAGGUGCUGGUGGAGCAACACCGGGUGGACGCGCUCGUGUGCGGCGUCGCCGGCACCAUCUGGCUGCGCUGGGUUGCUGCAUCCAGGGUGUUCGACGAUAUGUGGGCACGGCAGGUGCUCGCUGACCACGACCAGCGUUCUGGCAGUGGAGAUAACAAUAAACCUGACAGGCGCAAGGUUGAGUUUGCUUUUCUUCGCUCACUGAGGACGUUGCUGCCCAUUUACUCAACACUAGCAGUUUGCUUCUUGGCCUGUCAUAUUGCCCGUCAGGCCAUCUUACCUAGUGACAUUUACAGGUGGGCAGUGGAAUCCAAGCUCCCUUAUCUGGCAGUGUUUACUGAAGUAGACAAGCUCCUUGGGAGCUCACUGCACCUGCAACGCUGCCCUUUGGAUGCAAGGCAGCUGUUCAGGCCGGUGCAAGUUAUUGGAGCAUGGCAGCUAGAAGCUGCUGCUGGAUCCAUAGCACAAAGAAUAUGCUUGAGGCUUCCUUCAGUUAACUUCUAUGCAAUUGCUGAACGUUGCUUGAAGGACUUGUCACUACCUGUAGAUAAAAUCCUUCCCCAUGCGUGCCGAAUUUAUGAGUGGGCAAUGCCUGCAGAACUAUGGCUGUCCAGUAAUCCUGCUAGAGUCCCUACACGGGUUUGUGUGAUGGCUAUAUUACUAGUGACUCUACGAGUUCUGUAUAACAUCAAUGGUCAAGGGAUAUGGGAGAAGAUAUGUGAGGAAAGAAGAAACGCUGGUGGAUCUGAUCCUGAUGCAAAUUCACCAACUUUCAGGAUGCUUGAUGACAGUAACAGCGAGGAGUUUGGCAUGAGAGAACUGUUGUGUGCUAUUGCAGCUGCCUAUGAUAAAAUCAAUGUUGUCCAUGACUACUCAAGUGACCUCUGUUCUUAUCUCAAAUACUGCAAUGAUGUUAUUUUUACUGGGAUUACAUGUUCAACAGAAGAGGAGCAUCUAGUAGAGAUCUUUUGGGAUAUGUACAAGGCCGGAGAGGAUGACAAUCCAAAAGAGCAUGUAAAAUCCCAGUCUCAAGGUAUUGAAGAAAGGGCAUUUACAAAUGGAGUGAACAAGCGCUCCCGGGAUGGAACAUUUAUUGAAGCAAGUUGCAUUUCUUUAUCAUCAGGCCAUGAUGCAGUGCAAAUGCUCAAGUCAGAGAUGCAAGAUCAUGGAUUUCAUUAUAUGCCACCUAGGAAACCAAGGAAAUCAGAUGGUUAUCUUCGUUAUAGGAGGAGGAGACUAAGUGGUGGCUUUGUUUAUGUUGCGCAUGCUGAUUAUUACAUGUUGCUACGAGCUUUUUCAAAGCUCGCAGAAGUUAACGUUCGUAUCAUGCAUAUCAGUGUGUUAAAACUUGAGAGCAGACUCGCGUGUAUUGAGGAUCGAAUUGAAAAAAGCUUGAACACCUUACAGAACCUCUCUGUCAGAGCGAAAGAUGAGCUAAGGCCUGUAUCAGAUUGAAGUACUUGAUGGAGUGCCAUACUCUGCCAACGAAUACAAUGUGAUUUAUGGUCAGUUAGAGUUUACUAUCUGAAUGUGUUUUGAGUACUGAUGGCAUACAAAUGAAGAAACCCUCCAUUCCUUUUUCUGGCAAAGCAUGUAGUCACAUUGUUUAAGUGUGGUUUGAAAGGAUGAUUAGCUGCACACCUCAGCAAACAAAGCUUGUUGUUGUGGCCUGUUGGCUUUGGUAAGCAAGCUGAGCACGCCAAGAACAUGUCAGAUUGUGGGUCUUUGUUUGCUGAAGCAGUCUGUAGGAUUAAGUGAUGAACCAAGACUUUGCCUGUCUUCUUUAGAAUGAACAUAAUUAUGUCAGAGUGCAAAACAUUGCUGUGGUGGAUUUAACAACAGUCCCAGUAGCAAAAACCUCACUGGUUUACAGCAGGGGUGAUAAUUAGGGAUCAGCAAUGGUGAGGUACCGAGGACAAUUUACCUGUCCGUGUUGGAUGUGGUUUCUUGUACCUGUUAUCUUGUCUGUUGAAGAAGUGAUAUCUGUUUCUGGGCAAAGCUGAUGAUUUCUUUUU